AUGAAAAUUGCUUCAUAUUCAGUUCACGCAAAACCAGUCCAAUCAAAAAGGGGUUCAGCUGAAUGCUUUUGGGUGCGCCAAGAUUGCUCAAUUUAUGAUAGUGUGAAAAAAUGUAAAUUAUUCUUGCAAUUUAUUGGUCUUCCAAAAACCAUAAAAUCUCAUCCACUGAAACAGAUGAAUGACUAA